CACUGUGCUUGUGCUAUUAAGGGCCAAGGGGGUAACCUCCAAACCUCCUCUCCUGGAGCUCCUCUUACCUAACCUAUAAAUGAAAUCGUGUAUUCGUAUGUUCAUGUUGUCCGUUGUCUUUUGUCUUACUCAGUGUAGUUCUUUCUUUUCCUUGUAUAGGCCUGGCCUUGGCCACAGAUAAUAUAACAUAACCCCAACUACUUGGCCUAUGCCCAGCACAACAAUGGCAACAGUUCAUCAUGUUCCCAACUUUAUUCAGUUUUUAUUUUCAUCAAAACCCAAAUUUGACUGUUAUUUUGCAGUUAGGAUAGAAGGCCAGAAAAACCCUGAAAGGAUUGGAGCUGUCAAGUUGAUGUUGAUGGCUCACAGCGAAGUUUUCAGACUAGAAUUAGAGGACAGUGAAUUGGCUGAGAAGAAAGAUGUUCCUAUCAAAGACAUUCAUCCUGACACCUUCAAAGAAAUGUUGAGAUAUGUUUAUGGUUAUGAUACUACUGCUACAAUGGGUUUUGAUGAGGCUGAUGAUUUACUGUAUGUUGCGGAGAAGUAUUUGAUGAAACCUUUGAAAGACAGCCUGGCUGCUAGACUGAUGACUCUUUUGAACAAAGACAACAUUUGUUCCUUGAUGAAUAACCCUGCGUGUUAUACUCAUCUGGAGUUGGACUCUGCCAUUACCAAGAUUUUGAGGUUUGAGACGGAUCAAGUGUUAGCAAGCCCAGAUUUUUUGUCCAUGAAUUCUGACGGGUUUCUCAAGAUUUUGGAACAGGAUGAACUUGCAGUUCCCGAAAUAGAAUUGUGGAGAGCAGCGAUUAAAUGGGGAAAACACAGAGCUGACUCUGAAGAUGAACAGCUGGUCCGCCAACAACUCUCAGGGUUGACUCAACAGUUAAGACCUUACUCACUGAGUGGAGAAGAGACAUUAGAAGUGAUUGCUUCAGGUGUUUUUGUGAUGGAAGAAAUCAAAAGUAUGUGUCGUUAUCAAUUUAAAAAAGAAACCAUUCAAGCUCUUAGCGAGUUUUCAAAUGAGACUAAACCAAGGAAACUGAAAAAAACAAAGUCUGUUCUUCAUCAACUAGAAAUGACUAUGUUGGACGACACAUAUGGUGAAAAUCUUAACUGUUACUACUUUACUCUGAUAACCCAAACACACGCAAUUGAGCUGUUGCCACUAGAGUGUCAGUCACCUGAUCGUAAACCAGGAGUCCCUGUAGAUAUGACAUAUGAAGUGAGCUGUUCAGCAACAAUAACUGAGUGGACCAACUUGUAUGUGCAUGAACCUGUGAUAAACUUCAGUAAGUAUGUCGAGUAUGGGGUGAAGUUUGAGAUUCCUCUAGCUGUUGAUGGGAGAAACAUUACCUUGAAGCCAGACACUACGUACUCUGUCAUGAUGAUGGUGAAAGGAUAUCACAAAAAAUGGUCCAGUAUGGAAGAGCCCAACACCCAAACUAAACACUUAAUUCUAAGUAUAGGCAAACAAGGUGAUUGGUACGAGUUUCCUUCAGACAAGUUAAUGUACAGAGCAAUAUCAGAGGAUUAAUGUAACCCUAGAAAAUAACACUAAGGAUUUGUUGGGUUUUUAAUUCCUCUAAAGUGUGUGUGCCGAAAAUGCAUAUACUUUUUAUAAUUUUAUUCUAUAUUAAUUUAACCCUGAGCGAAUAUUCUUUUUGUAAAAUUCUUCUAAUCCAAAUUUAAAUUUUAAAUACAUGCAAAUUUGGUUAAAACGUGAAAGUAAGUUUGGAUAUGAGCAUACAGUCUGAGUGGUAAAGGACAGAAAAUGCAAUUUUCAAAAGAUUUUAAGUUUUAUCUAUGUUGUUGGAGUAACUGCUGUGGUAGGAGUGGAACGUUAAGAAUCCUGUUUUUAUGUAAAUUAAAAUUACUUCUAGUUAUUUGUUGUGCAUUAUGUAACAAUACAACAGCACAUUUUAAAAUAAAA